UACACUCCAAUAUUCUGGAUGCUUUUAGAGGUGGCGUUGUAUUCUUUCUACUUAUUUUCAGAGAGAUAGUCUGACAUGUCUAGAGAUUUAAAGAGAGAAGCAGAGAAAUUACUCUGAGAAGCAGGGCACAGAACAAAGACAGAGGCGAGACAUUCCCAGUUCCCAUAAAGGCAGGAUGGCCUACGGUCAUCUGACUUGGCAGAUUGGAAAUUAUUUUAAGGAACACAUUCCUAAAUUGCAGAAACAUGUCUGACAAGCCCAACAUGACAGAAAUCACAUCCUUUGACAAAACCAAGCUCAGGAAGACAGAGACCCAAGAAAAAAAUCCCUUGCCAACCAAAGAAACUAUUGAACAGGAGAGGCAGGGAGAGUCCACGCCUUGAACGCAACGCGGUCACACACCAGAAGGGGAUGACUGAGAUCAACAAGAGAAGGACUU